AUGUCGGAGAGGUCACCCAGAGGAGUCUUCCAGGAGGGAGCUAUUCCUUGCCAGCCAGGCAUCAGUUGCAAAGAGAGCACAUUAGUAGGCACCCAGCCUGGAGCUGAGCUGCGUAACCCAAAGUUGGACCUGGAAGGGGCUUUGAUAGCUCGGGACCGGGUCGGCAUCCAGGACUUUGUGCUAUUAGAUGCCUUCACCAGUGAAAAUGCCUUCCUGGACAACCUGAGGAAAAGGUUCACUGAAGACCUAAUUUAUACGUACAUCGGGACUCUGCUGGUGUCAGUGAACCCCUAUAAGGAGCUGGACAUCUACAGCCGCAAGCAGAUGGACUACUACAUGGGCGUCAACUUCUUUGAGCUGCCCCCUCACAUUUAUGCGCUGGCGGACAACGCAUACCACACCAUGCUGACAGAGUACAACAACCACUUCAUCCUGAUCUCGGGGGAGAGCGGGGCGGGCAAGACGGAGGCCUCCAAGAAGAUCCUGCAGUACUACGCCGUCAGCUGCCCCAGCUCCGCCAUCUUGGACACCGUGCGCGACCGCAUGCUCAUGUCCAACCCCGUACUGGAGGCUUUUGGAAAUGCCAAAACACUGAAGAAUGACAACUCUAGUCGCUUUGGGAAGUACAUGGACAUACAGUUUGACUCUGAGGGUGAGGCGGUGGGAGGUCACAUCCUGAGCUACCUGUUGGAGAAGUCGCGUGUGGUGCACCAGAACCACGGAGAGAGGAACUUCCACGUCUUCUACCAGCUGGUGGAGGGCGGCGACGAAGACCUGCUGCGGCAGCUGGGGCUGGAGAAGAACUGCCAACACUACAGGUACCUGGCACAGGGUGAAUGCUCCACCGUGAGCUCCAUCAAUGACAAGAAUGACUGGAAAACGAUGAGAAAUGCCCUCGCUGUUGUUGACUUUGACAAGUCUGACAUUGAGCACCUGUUUGGUAUCAUUGCCAGUGUCCUUCACCUGGGCAAUGUCCACUUUGAACCGGAUGUGUUCGGCAAUGCUACCUUACUCGGGCACGCAGAACUGCGCUGGGUGUCAAAGCUGCUUAGUGUGAAUGUUCAGGUUCUACAAGAGGCCCUCACUUUCCGCAAGAUUGAAGCCAAAUCUGAUGAGGUGUUAAGCCCGUUCUCAGUGGACAAUGCCAACUAUGCCAGGGAUGCCUUGGCCAAGGCCAUCUACGGGCGCACUUUCAACUGGCUGGUCAACCGCAUCAACCAGUCCCUGGAAAAUCAGGAUUCUAGUAGGAAGACGGUGAUUGGGCUGCUCGAUAUCUAUGGGUUUGAAGUUUUCCAUUUAAACAGUUUUGAGCAGUUCUGCAUAAACUACUGCAAUGAGAAGCUGCAGCAGCUUUUCAUCCAGCUGACUCUGAAGGCAGAGCAGGAGGAAUACGAGGCGGAGGGCAUCGGGUGGGAGCCCGUGCAGUUCUUCAACAAUAAAAUCAUCUGUGAUUUGGUGGAGGAGAAGCACAGGGGGAUCAUCGCAGUGCUGGAUGAGGAGUGUCUCAGGCCUGGUGAUGCCACUGACAUAACUUUCCUGGAGAAGCUGGAGGAGAAGAUGGAACAUCAUCCGCACUUUGUCACGCACAUGUUGGCAGACAAAAGCACGCGUAGGACGCUGGAGCGCGGUGACUUCCGUCUGCUGCACUACGCCGGGGAGGUCACCUACUGCGUCGUGGGAUUCAUAGACAAGAACAAUGACCUCUUAUACAGGAAUAUUAAAGAGGUGAUGCACAACUCAAAGAACUCCAUAGUGAGAGAGUGUUUCCCAUCAACAGAGACGGAGAGCAGGAGGAGGCCUGAAACGGUUGCAACUCAGUUCAAGAACAGCCUACAAAAGCUGGCAGAUAUUCUGAUGGCCAAGGAGGCCUGGUAUGUACGCUGCCUCAAGUCUAACGAGACCAAAAAAUCAGGCCACUUUGACGACAUGCUUGUGCGACACCAGGUGAAGUAUCUGGGUCUGAUGGAACACCUGAGGGUCAGGAGAGCUGGAUUUGCAUACCGCAGACGAUACGAGGUCUUCCUCAAAAGGUAUAAGCCCCUGUGUCCAGAGACGUGGCCCCACUGGCGGGGAGUGCCAGCUGACGGGGUGGCCAUACUGGUGGAGCACCUGGGAUACAAGCCAGACGAGUACAAGAUGGGGAGAACAAAGAUCUUCAUUCGUCAUCCGAGAACUCUGUUUGCCACCGAGGAUGCCUACGAGCGCUGUAAGCACGAGCUUGCAUCCAAAAUCCAAGCAAAAUACAAGGGUUAUAGGACGAGAGGGGAGUUCAAGAAACAGAAGGAGGCUGCGACAAAGAUCGAGAACUGCUGGAGAGGAGCCCAGGCCAGGAAAGAAAGGGAGAGGAGAGCCUGGGCGGUCAAAGUCAUCAAGAAGUUCAUCAAAGGCUACAUGACGAGAGGAGAGGCCAAGACGACAGAUAACUCAGAGUACCUGGCCUUUGUCCGGCAGAACUACCUGAACCGACUCAAGCAGAAUCUGCCCAAAACGGUCCUGGACAAAACCACCUGGCAAACACCACCCCCUGUCCUCACAGAGACGUCAGAGAUUCUGCGGGUGCUGCACUACCGCCUGAUGGUCAGGAAGUACGUGCGAGGGAUCACACCCCAGAGGAAAGCACAGCUGACUCUGAAGGGGAUCACCAGUGCCAUAUUUAAGGGCAAGAAGGACUCCUACCCAGCCAGUGUGGCUGUGCCCUUUGUGGAGACAAGGAUCGCUGAAGACGAUAUUAACAUCCGGGCCUUGCAGAUGAUAAAGCAGGAGCGUAUCAAGUACAGCGUGCCGGUGAUCAAAUAUGACCGCAAGGGCUUCAAGCCCAGACCCCGGCAGCUGAUCUUCACCCAGGCGGCCGUUCACCUGGUGGAGGAGGCCAAGCUCAAACAGAGAGUUCCCUACAACGCUUUAAAAGGUGUCACGUGUAGCAAUCUGGGGGAUUGCAUCAUGAUAUUCCACGUCAGCUGUGACGACCCCAAACAGAAGGGGGACAUGAUCAUGGAGUGUGAUCACCUGUUCGAGGCCCUGACCAAGCUGAGUGUCAUCACCAACAAGCAGGACUCCAUCAAAGUGCAGCAGGGCAGCAUCAAGUUCGAGAUGCAGGGAGGCAAAGAGGGCUUCGUGGACUUCAGCACGGGGCAGGAGCGCAUGUGCUAUAAGGAGAAGAAUGGACACCUGAUGGUGGUCUCCCCUCGCAUCAGAGCUCGGUGACCCAGGACUGUGGGCCGGAUUCAGAACACGGCGCCUUCAAGUCCCAACAUCCUUUGCCUUGCACUGUUUAUAGGCUUGUUCGUGAUGGCGCAAGCUGCGAAAACCUGCACAGCACGCAUGCACAGUGCGAAAUCACAAUGCAUUCUGGUUCAGAAUUUCUUUUUUUUUAAGUAUUCUUUUGGGGGCU